UCUCCCCCCGCCUCCCCGCUGGUGUUUUCCAUCCUGAAGGUGCCGCAUCAUUGCUAAGUGUAGCGUUAGCAUAAGCGUCGCGGCCGGUGGCGCCGCAGUUGGACUGACCCGAUCGCCAAGGGAGGCGCCUCCCUCCUCCUCCUCCUCCUCCUCCUCCUCCUCCGUCCGUCCGUCCGUCCCUCCUUCCUUCACCCUCCAUCCAUCUCAUCCUUGCGUCCCACCGCAGACGAGCGUUACUUGACUUCUGGGUGAACGGCGAAGAGCGAGGAGCCGACAGCAGAUGCGGCCCCGCCCAUGAGCGCCAGCCACCGCUGCCAGUCACCAGUCACCGCUUCCUCUCUGUCACCAUGAGUGCCAUGGCCUUGUCUCCAUUGAGCCCCGAGCCGCCGUGCCCCGCGCCCGAUCUGGAGCAGGGGGUGGCGCCGUUAGCGAGACCUGCAAAGAGAAGAAUGACGACGCCGGCGGCCGACGACGUCGCCCACAGGGCCAACGAGAGGCGCCCGCCGCCGGUGCAGGCGUGCGCCGACUGGCAGGUGCUGCUCCACCUGCCGCAAACGGAGGCGUGGCUUCGCGCCAGCGGCGCCCGGGUGACGCGACUGACGAGCUCGGUGGCCCAGGACGCCGACAACAGACACGUGGACACGCACUUGUUGCAGCUCAAGGACAUCUGCGAGGACAUCUCGGACCACGUGGAGCAGAUCCACGCUCUUCUGGAGACGGAGUUGUCCCUCAAGCUUCUGUCCUACUCGGUCAACGUCAUCGUGGACAUCAGGACGGUGCAGCUCCUGUGGCACCAGCUGAGGGUUUCGGUCCUGGUUCUGAAGGAGCGUCUCCUUCGCGGCCUGCAGGACCCCAACGGAAAUUUCACCGGGCGGACCGACAUCCUGCAGGCCUUCACCCGGGACCCGGACCCGGACCCAAACCAGACUCGCCGACUGGACACCCUGACCGAAGUGGACGAGCGCGGCCGGCUGACCAUUCGCUGCAGUCGGGACUAUUUCUCUCUGGACUGCGGCAUCACCGCCUACGAACUGAGCGACUACAGUCCCGGCGAGGAGCCAGAGACCGGGGGAAAUCGCGACGCCCCGACGGCGGACUCGCAAGGGAAGCGGGAAUCGCGAGAAGGCCGGCGCGCCGUCCUGUCCGAAGGCCGUCCCGACUCGGGAGACGGCCCGGCGACCAAUCAAAACGAGCUGGCAAAGCGUUCUCUGUCGGCCGACGGCCGCGACGUGGCGCCGUCGCUCCCGAAGAGAGUCGCUCUGAUCUCGGACCACGAGGCGGAGGACAACCGGGGGGUCUCUGAUCUGCCAAUCCGGGCCCGACCCAACCGCAGCCGCCCCGCCGACCUGGUCCACCCCCUCGCGGAGGAUCUUCUCAUGGAAGAUCCUCUCAUGGGGGAUCCUCCGGCGGAGGGUCAUCUCGCGGGCCCUGCGUACCGCUCCAAUUUCUGGUUGGAGCUGGACUCCCUUUGCCCGGAAAACACUUCAGAAGCCAUCCGCGAGCGGAAGCAGGUCGCGAACGCCGGCAACGUCCCAGAAGGUCCCGCCGUGGCAAGCGGGAGUCCUUUCGGCGACGGGGACUCUGACUCGUCGGCGGCGUCCCCCGCCGGAUAUGGGGGCCCGUCCUCAGACCCGGAUGCCAGCGGGGAGGAUUCGGACCCCCGACCGGCCGCCGGCAAGGGCAAGAUGCUCUCCUGGCCCGGGAAGCAAAGCGCAGGAGGUGAGCGAUGGUUUGUUUUGGCCCGGGCCCUUCUUCUGACAUCCUCUCCUUGGCGGCAGGCCGGCCCGGAGCGGCAGCGCUGGUACGGCUCGGAGGACUUCCUGGCGCUCCCCGCUCAGAUCCGCGAGAGCGAGUCUUUGGCCAUCAACCUGGAGAGUCUGGCUCGGGCGCUGCGACCCGGCGGGGAGGACCUUUGCCCCGAGGCUUUGCAGGACGUGGAUGACUGGGAUCUGACUGAGCUCAACCAGGACAACUGGGAUUCUGCGGAGAGCGGGGACGACGCGCCGGUAGGUUUCUCUUGCUUUGAGCCGCUCGCCGCUGCGCGCAAACGAAACAAAAUUGGUUCCGGGAAGCGAUGGCAACCCCCCCCCCCCCAUCUCCUCCAGGUUCCAAUGGGGCGGGACCCCCCGGGCCGCCUCAGCCCCGCCUCCUCCGGCGACGCAGCCCGCUCGUCGGAUGAAAGUAUCGAGUGCGGCCGGCUGAGCGAGCCGCUGUCCGAAGAAGCGGCGCAGGGCCUCCCGGAGCCCGCGGCGCCCCCGCUGGACAGAUGCGGCAGUGCCACUCUGCUGCGGCAGCUUCUGGAGGACUUUGACCAGGACAAAGAUCCCGAUGUGUGGAGCAAGUUGGAGAAGUUGGUGGGGCAGCUGGACGGAUUCAUCGGCUGGCUGCAGGGGGCGCUGGAGAGCACCGGCGACUGGACGCCGCCCGAGGCCAACUUGGACGCGCUCAAGCUGUACCUGGACACCCACCUGGCGUUCAAACUCAACGUGGAGCGCCACAACGCGCUGAAAGAGAGCAUCGUGGAGGACGCAACGGCGCUCCUCGCCAUGGUGCCCGCCCACGCCCAGCAAUCAGGACUGCGCGACAUCCUCCGGAUGGUCUCGGGCCAGUGGGAGCAACUGCGGCUUCAGAUCCGCCGCCAGCACGCGUGGAUGCUGCGCGCCCUGCGCCUCAUCCGCGCGCGCCUCCUCCUGCCCGCCGAGGGGCCUCCGCCGGAGCGCCCGCAGGCGGAGCCCCCGUCCAGUCUCUGGGACGCCUGUCAAGACGCCCUCCAGGAGAUGGCCGCCGAGCUGGGCGGCCUGCGCGACCUCUCGCCCGCCGACAGGCCACGGGACUUUGAGCCAGCGCCCGAGGAGACGAUCGGCUGGGAACGGCAACCCCGGCCGGCGCCGCCGCCGGCAUCUCUCCGCACGCAGGACGGCGCCGUGCCGCCAAGCGGGGACGUCCCCGAGCGCCUGCGGGCCGGCGUGGAGGAGCUGAAGGCGUGGCUGCGACGCACCGAGCUCCUCAUCCACGACGCGUGCCUGCGACGGCCGCGUCGCGACUCCCGCCGGCAGCUGGCCAGCUUCAAGACUUUGUGCUCGGACGUGCGGGCCCGGCGCCGCGGCGUCUCCCGGCUUCUGAAACUUUGCCGGCGGCUCCUCCGGCAGAAGCAGCCGGGCCCCGGGGCGGAGCCGGAGCCGGACGGCGAGGACCUGCGGCUGCUCUCCAUCAACCUGGAGCGGAGGUGGGAGGCCGUGCUCAUGCAGACGCUGCACUGGCGCAACAGACUCAAGAGGGAGCUGGGAGAGCGCACGGCCGCGGGGAACUUUGCGCCGUCGGGCCGGCGGCGCCCCGAGCGUGCGAGCCCCGUCCCAGCUCCCUCGACGACCUCGCCUCCGGAUGACUGCUGGGAAUGGGACGAGACCGACAUGACUCCGGCGGAAGAGCCCCCGCCCGACCUGACGCACGACCUCCCCUGCUCCGUCGACCCAGCGUACGCCGCCCAUCACGCCCUCCGGUCGCACGGCGCUCCGGAGCUUCCCCGGCCGACCGAGAGGAAGCGGCGCGCCCUGCGGAAAAGUCCCAGUCGGGACUCCACCUUCUCCUCCGCCGAGUCCCUCCCGGACCUCCUGGGCGGGCUGACGGAGGGGCCGCCCCGGCGGCGGGGGGGCGGCGGCGGACGUCGCUCCGGGAGCGAAAGCGGAAUCGUGAGCGACGCCGGAGAUGGCGACGCGAUACCGCGCCGCGGGAGGCGCGCCGACGAAGGGGAGGGGGCGGAGCCUGUCCCACCCAUCCGACAAGGCGCAGAGGAAGAAGGGGAGCCGUUGAGCCCGGAGGAAGCCGGCGCAGAGAGGCCGGAGAUCUCUGAGAAGGAUCAGGACGACCGCGCGGACGUCCGUCCGGCCGGCUUUCUUGUCCGCCGGCCUUGGGAUCACGUCGCCGGCCCCGCCCCCGGCCCCGUCUCGUCCCCGGGCUCUUCUCUGGAGUCACUCCUGUCGCCGGGCCGCGAGCUGUUCUCCUUCCCGGCCGUCGGCCGCGACCCGCUCAGCCCGCCGGAGCCACGCCGGGGUGCGGGGUCGCGAGGAGAGCUGAGCACCAGAACCCUGGAUCUCCUCAAGCGUCUGGAGAACAUUCGGAGCCCCCCGGCCUCCGAGAUGACUCGCAGUCUCUCCGACAGCACGCUUCGCGGCGGAUCUCCCCUCCGCCCGGGCGGCGCCCAAGACUCGUCGGCGGGUUCCGAAGACCCGGCCGGGCUCCCGAAGCGCGGGAAACUGCCAGCGGGCGGCGGCGGGCGCCAAGACGAGGCGGACGGCGUCAGCUUGAGCAUGGUGGUCAACGUCUCCCGCGCUUCCGCCUGCACCGACGACGAGGACGACAGCGACCUGCUGUCCUCCUCCACCCUCACCCUCAGCGAGGAGGAGAUGGGAGUCCGGGAGGAGGACGAGGAGUUUUGCGUGCCGCCUUUGGACCCCAUGAAGGAGGAGCCCCGGGCCCGGGCGCCGCAUCCUCGCACCUCCAGGACCCCAGUGGGACUCUGGGACGAACUGCGGUGCGGGAGCGACCCCGAGCGAGGACGCCUCCUCCACUCCAGCCCGCAAGGCCACGAGGAGGAAGAGGAGGAAGAGGAGGAGAGCUUCAUCGGCCGGUUUGCGGACGACCUGGAGAACGGAAAUGCGGAGCCGAGCGGCUCGAGAGAUGCGGACGACGAGCUCCUGCGAGAGGAGUCGGCCGUGUUGGCCGAGAGGGGAGAGCCCCGAGCUCUCGGCAACAAAGGACUUGGGGACUCCUUUGACUUCACGGCGGCCGAGGAGGACGUCGAGCCGCUUGCGUCUCGGGCGCCGACCGCCGCCUCCUCCUUAGUGGGGCAGCUUCAAGGCGAGUUACCCUGCCGGGGUGCCUCGCCCUCCGGCGGCAGGAAGGCCAUCACCGUCCGGGAGAGCUUCAAGUUCUCCUCGCUGGUGACGGAAGAGAGCAGGAGCAAACUGCGGGACAAACGUUCCUGCCUGCCCGGCAAAAAGUGGAAGGGCUCCCACGCUUCCCCGUGCCGGCACCGCCAGCCCCCCUCCGCCCCCUCGCCCCCCUCGCCUCAGGCCAAGGAGGCCGUGCAUGACUUUGUGAUGGAAAUCCUGGACUUGACCGCCGAGGCCCGCCGGAGCAAAGAGAUUCCCGGACCGGAGCCCCCGUCGGGCAGCGGGAGGUCCGACGCCCAGCGAGGCCCCGCCUCCUUCCGGCAUAUCAGAGCGAAGGUGGCGCAACAUUCCCAUCAGCCCUUGCACCUGCGCAAAGGCGACUUCUACGCCUACUUGUCCCUCUCGUCCCACGACAGCGACUGCGGCGAAGUCGCUCGCUGCGCCGAGGACAAGAGCGCCGCGCCGGCGCCGUACCUCCUCCCCGCCGCCGCCGCCGCCCGCGCCCCGCCUUUGGAAUCGGCCGACCCCGCCCCCUCGCUCAGCCCGGACGUCCGGGACGAGGAGACGCUCUUCCCCGCCUGCGCGGAGGAGGUCUACCCGGGGCCCCCGCUGCGCUACGGCCUGCCGCCCGCCCGGUACGCCUUCUCCAAAGCCCUCCCGGAGAAGGGGGCCCGGCUCCCAGACCCCGAGGAGGUCCCGAGCGUCACGUCGGCCCGAGACGAAGCCGAGGUCCCCGAAGUGGAGGGCCCGCCACCCGUCCGCGGGGCGGCCUCGGCCGUCCGGGAGCCUCCCCGCGGCUCCGUCGAAGGCGAGGCCGCGGGCCGGCGCCUCGGGGGCUGCGCUGCGCCGGGGGGGCGGGAGGAGGCGCGCGGUCUUGAGGCUCCCUCUUAUCUUAAUCCCCGGCCGCGCGUCGCCUUGAUAGACUCCUCGCCGGCUCAAUGUUUGGCAGAUACGAAAACGCCGCCAUCCAAUAUUGCCGCCGUAAUGACCAAGAUAAGUGGCGGCGGCGGCGCCACAAAUCCCUCAAAAGAGCCGCCCGCCUUCGCCGCCUCCGCCGCACGGAUGAAUCCCCAAAUGAACCGCGGGCCGAUCAAAGAGGCCGAUAGGGCGCCGGGCGUGGCGCGUGGCGCCAAGCGGCCCGAAGGCGGGCCGGCGGCGGGGCCGCGGCCACGGGAAGCCAAGAGGAGCGCGCCGGCAAGGAAGAAGCAGGCGACGGCCGUCGAUCCAAACGACAAGGCGGCGCGGGGGCACAGCCGCGUCUCGCUCCGGCCAAUGAGGACGGGGCCCGCGGGAGCCGCCGCCAUCCGGGUCCAUCCGUGAGGGAAGGUCGCCGUCGUCGUGGUCGCGAGAAACGGCCGACGGACCGCCGCGUGGCUGCUGAACGAGAAGAAGAAGAAAGGCAGAGAAGAGACGUGACAAAAGUGGAAGAAGAAGAAGAUGAAUGAAGUCGAAUGAGGAGGAAAGUCGACCCAGCCGGAUGUCAGUUUGCUUGGAACAAAAAGAAAAGAAAAAGACGCUGUUGUUGUCGCCAUCUUAUCCCGGGAGAGGCUCGCUUGGCUAUGCAAAUCCUUGAGAACCAUUCAGAAGUCUUGUUGCCUGCUCUUUGUUGUUGUUGUUGUUGUUUUUUGGGGAUGGAGGGUGCAGGGGGGGGGGCGCCCCGUCAUGGAGCGCGCAUGCUCGGCUUUGUUUUCAUGUGGAAAGUCAAGCUAGGCUCAUGUCACCAUGGAAAUAAAUCAAUGCCAAUA